CCACGACCCCGAAUCAAUCAUCUCGUCCUCUCCGUCGUCGCCGGCGGCGGCGGCAGACAUCCCCUCCAUCUUCUCCUCCCCGCCGUCGAUGGCGUCCCCUUCGCUGCAACGCCCCUCUUCUUGACGACCCUCCUCCGACCUCGCGGGUUCUGCCGCUCUAGAGAGAGAAAGAAGAGAGAGAGAGAGAGAGAGAGAAGAAGAAGAAGAUGUUGGGUGGACUGUACGGAGACCUCCCUCCGCCGUCGUCCGCCGACGACGAGAACCCUAGCGGCGCCAACCCCGCCUCCACCGUCUGGUCCAGCAGCGCGAAGUUCGCCCCGCCCGCGCUCCGCAAGCCCUCCGUCGCCCCCCAGACGAUCCUCCGCCCCCAGGCCAAGCCGAAGCCCCCCGGCUCGGCCCCCCCGUCGCCGAAGCCGGCGGUGCCGCAAGCGGUCGCGGCGCCGCAGCUGGCGGACGACGCGACGCCGCAGCCCGCGCUGGUGGGGGUGACGUCGACGAUCGUGGAGGAGUACGACCCCGCGAGGCCGAACGACUACGAGGAGUACAGGAGGGAGAGGAAGAAGAAGGCGGCGGAGGCGGAGCGGAGGAGGGAGCUGGAGAGGAGGAGGCAGGAGGAGGAGGAGAGGGAGAAGAGGGAGAGGGAGGAGAGGGAAAGGGAGAGGGAGAGGGACCGGAACAUCUCCGGGGAGGAGGCAUGGAAACGGCGUGCCGCGAUGAGUGGGGCGGCUCCGAGGUCGCCGUCUCCUCCGGGGAAUGGGGACGGGUUCACCAUUGGGAAGUCGGAGACGCCGGGCUUGGGUGUUGGCGCGGGUGGUCAGAUGACGGCUGCGCAGAGGAUGAUGGCGAAGAUGGGUUGGAAGGAGGGGCAGGGGCUCGGGAAGCAGGAGCAGGGGAUCACGACGCCGCUGAUGGCCAAGAAGACGGAUAGGAGAGCUGGAGUGAUUGUAAAUGCAAGUGAAACGAAGCCGGAGAAGAAGGUGAAGAGUGUCAAUAUCAAUGGCCAGCCGACUCGGGUUUUGUUGCUCAGAAACAUGGUGGGCCCUGGUGAGGUAGAUGAUGAGCUAGAAGAUGAAGUCGCAUCAGAGUGUGCAAAGUAUGGAACCGUUACCAGGGUUCUUAUAUUCGAGAUAACAGAACCGAAUUUUCCAGCUGAUGAAGCAGUCCGAAUAUUCGUGCAAUUCGAGAGAUCCGAACAAACAACCAAGGCACUUAUCGAUCUCGGUGGUCGGUACUUUGGGGGACGAGUGGUUCAGGCAACCUUUUAUGACGAAGAACGGUUCAGUAAGAACGAAUUGGCUCCUAUGCCAGGUGAAAUUCCCGGUUUCUAACAGGUAGCAUUUUCCUCUUCUCAUGAGCAGCCUCGUUAAGCUAUGUAAGGACAUGCCAUGCCAGAUUUAGAAUUGGAUGUUUAUUAGGGGACAUGGGAGUAAAAGGCUUAAACCAUCAUCAUGACUCAGCACUUUUGGACAUCAAUUUAUAUAUUUUGCGUCUGAGCAAUGUGCAAGGUUUUCUUGGAGUGGGAAAUGAUGGUUUGAUGAGGGAUUGUUAUCAUUUUGUUGGCAAGCAUCACUUAAAAGACGUUGACUGAAAUAUGAUUUUUCUUUUAGGCAAUCA